CCCGCCCCGCCCGCCUCCCCGAGCGGGCCGGGCCCGGCGGCACCAUGCAGGCGCAGCCGCUGCUCUACGAGUUCUUCAGCGAGGAGAACGCGCCCAAGUGGCGGGGGCUGCUGGUGCCCGCCCUCAAGAAGGUUCAGGUGCAAGUCCAUCCUAAACUUUCCUCUACUGAAGAUGCAUUACAGUAUGUGGAGGAGUUAAUUCUCCAGUUGUUAAAUAUGUUGUGCCAAGCCCAACCAAGAAGUUUUCUGGAUGUAGAGGAUCGUGUUCAAAAAAGUUUUCCCCAUCCUAUUGAUAAGUGGGCAAUAGCUGAUGCCCAGUCUGCUAUUGAGAAGAGGAAACGAAGAAAUCCCUUGUCUCUCCCAGUCGAAAAAAUCCAUCCUUUACUAAAGGAAGUUCUAGGCUAUAAAAUUGACCAUCAAGUGUCUGUUUACAUAGUGGCAGUAUUAGAGUACAUUUCUGCAGACAUCUUAAAAUUGGUUGGGAAUUAUGUGCGGAAUAUAAGACAUUAUGAGAUUACAAAACAAGAUAUCAAAGUUGCAAUGUGUGCUGAUAAGGUAUUAAUGGAUAUGUUCCAUCAAGAUGUGGAAGAUUUAAGUGCACUAACUUUAUCUGAUGAGGAACCCUCCACCUCAGGGGAGCAAACCUAUUAUGACCUAGUGAAGUCAUUUAUGGCAGAGGUUCGACAAUAUAUAAGGGAACUAAAUCUCAUUAUCAGAGUUUUUAGAGAGCCAUAUGCCUCCAACUCCAAACUGUUUUCAUCUCAUGAUGUGGAAAAUAUAUUUAGUCGUAUAUCGGACAUUCAUGAACUUAGUGUGAAGUUAUUGGGUCAUAUAGAAGACACUGUUGAAAUGACAGAUGAAGGCAGUCCUCAUCCACUAGUAGGCAGCUGUUUUGAAGACAUGGCUGAGGAACUAGCAUUUGAUCCAUAUGAAUCAUAUGCACAAGAUAUUUUGCGACCUGGUUUUCAUGAUCAUUUUCUAAGUCAGUUGUCAAAGCCAGGAGCAGCAUUUUAUUUACAGUCAAUAGGUGAAGGCUUUAAAGAAGCUGUUCAGUAUGUUCUACCACGACUGCUCCUUGCCCCUGUUUACCACUGUCUUCAUUAUUUUGAACUUCUAAAACAAUUGGAAGAAAAAAGUGAGGAUGAAGAGGAUAAAGAAUGCUUGAAGCAAGCAAUAACUGCCCUACUAAAUCUUCAAAGCAGUAUGGAACGGAUAUGCUCUAAGAGUCUUGCAAAACGAAGGCUUAGUGAAUCUGCAUGCCGAUUCUAUACUCAGCAGAUGAAGGGGAAACAGCUAGCAAUUAAGAAAAUGAAUGAAAUCCAGAAAAACAUUGAUGGUUGGGAGGGUAAGGACAUCGGACAAUGCUGUAACGAGUUCAUUAUGGAAGGAACACUCACGCGUGUAGGAGCAAAGCACGAGAGACACAUAUUUCUAUUUGAUGGCUUGAUGAUUUGCUGUAAGUCAAAUCACGGCCAACCGAGACUUCCUGGUGCUAGCAACGCAGAAUAUCGUCUGAAAGAAAAGUUCUUCAUGAGAAAGGUACAAAUCAACGAUAAAGAUGACACUAAUGAAUACAGACAUGCUUUUGAAAUCAUCUUAAAAGAUGAGAACAGUGUUAUUUUUGCUGCUAAAUCAGCUGAAGAGAAAAACAACUGGAUGGCAGCCUUGAUAUCUUUGCAAUAUAGAAGCACGUUGGAAAGGAUGUUGGAUGUAACAAUGUUGCAGGAAGAAAAAGAGGAGCAAAUGAGAUUUCCAAAUCCUGAGCUUUACAGAUUUGCAGAACCUGACUCUGAAGAGAAUAUUGUGUUUGAAGAAAACAUGCAGCCCAAGUCUGGAAUCCCCAUCAUUAAGGCAGGAACUGUGGUCAAGCUCAUUGAGAGGCUGACUUAUCACAUGUAUGCAGAUCCCAACUUUGUUCGGACUUUUCUCACAACGUAUAGAUCCUUCUGUAAACCUCAAGAGUUGCUGAGUCUGCUAAUAGAAAGGUUUGAAAUUCCAGAGCCUGAGCCAACAGAAGCUGAUCGUAUUGCUAUGGAGAAUGGAGACCAGCCUCUGAGCGCAGAGUUAAAAAGAUUUAGGAAAGAGUACAUCCAACCUGUGCAGCUACGAGUAUUAAAUGUAUGUCGACACUGGGUAGAACACCACUUCUAUGACUUUGAAAGAGAUGCUGAUCUUCUGCAACGUCUGGAGGAAUUUAUUGGAACAGUAAGAGGCAAAGCAAUGAAAAAAUGGGUUGAAUCAAUCACGAAGAUAAUCAACCGGAAAAAGCAGGCACAAGCCAUUGGGCCAAGUCACAACAUUACUUUUGAGAGCCCACCUCCAGCAAUUGAAUGGCACAUCAGCAAACCAGGACACACAGAGACUUUUGACUUGCUCACUCUACAUCCAAUAGAAAUUGCUCGACAGCUCACUUUACUUGAGUCAGAUUUUUACAGAGCUGUGCAGCCAUCUGAACUAGUUGGAAGUGUGUGGACAAAGGAAGAUAAAGAAAUAAAUUCUCCCAACCUUCUCAAAAUGAUAAGGCAUACAACUAACCUCACGUUAUGGUUUGAAAAAUGCAUUGUAGAAACAGAAAACCUAGAGGAAAGAGUAAUUGUAGUGAGCCGGAUAAUUGAGAUCCUGCAAGUUUUUCAAGAGCUAAACAACUUUAAUGGUGUCCUUGAGAUUGUCAGCGCUAUGAACUCCGCAGCAGUGUAUAGGUUGGAUCACACAUUUGAGCAAAUUCCAAGUCGACAAAAGAAGAUUUUAGAAGAAGCUUAUGAGCUGAGUGAGGAUCAUUAUAAGAAGUACUUGGCAAAACUCAGGUCCAUUAAUCCUCCUUGUGUGCCUUUUUUUGGGAUUUACUUAACUAACAUUUUAAAAACAGAAGAAGGCAAUCCUGAAUUUCUAAAGCGACAUGGGAAAGAACUUAUAAACUUCAGCAAGAGAAGAAAGGUAGCUGAAAUAACUGGAGAGAUACAGCAGUACCAGAACCAGCCAUAUUGUUUAAGAGUGGAAUUUGAUAUCAGGAGAUUUUUUGAAAACCUGAAUCCAAUGGGAAGCAGCAUGGAGACAGAAUUUACAGAUUAUCUGUUCAACAAGUCACUAGAAAUAGAGCCACGAAAUGUCAAGCCUCCACCAAGAUUUCCCAAAAAAUACAGCUAUCCUCUCAAGUCCCCAGGUGUUCGUCCCUCUAAUCCAAGGCCAGGUACCAUGAGGCAUCCUACACCUCUGCAACAAGAGCCAAGGAAAAUUAGUUACAGCCGCAUUCCAGAGAGUGAGACUGAAACUACAGCAUCUGCACCAAACUCUCCCCGAACACCUUUGACCCCUCCCCCUGCUUCUGCUACUUCAAGUACUACAGAUGCCUGCAGUGUGUUUGACUCAGAUCCGUCAAGUCCUUUUCAUGCAAGAUCUGCUUCUGUGUCAUCCAUAAACUUCACCAAAAAUUCAGAUGAAGCUCAUGUUCCCCCUCCAGUUCCUCCACGAAGAAGACCAGAGUCUGCCCCAGCUGAAUCUUCCCCAUCAAAAAUUACUUCUGCACACCUGGACAGCCCUCCAGCAAUCCCUCCUAGGCAACCAACCUCUAAAGUGUAUUCACCAAGGUACUCAGUGCCUGACCGGACCUGCAUCUCUGACCCCCCGGAAAGCCCACCUGUGUUACCACCACGAGAACCUGUGCGAACUCCUGAUGUUUUCUCUAGCUCACCACUACACCUCCAACCUCCACCACUGGGGAGAAAAAGCGAACUUGGUAACACCUUUUUCCCAAACAGUCCGUCUCCGUUUACUCCCCCUCCCCCUCAGACACCUUCUCCACAUGUAGCACGGAGGCAUCUUCCAUCACCACCUUUGAUACCACAGGAUGUGGACCUCCAUUCUGUUGCUGGACCACCUGUUCCUCCACGACAAAGCACUUCUCAACAUAUCCCAAAGCUUCCUCCAAAAACUUACAAAAGGGAGCACACACACCCAUCAGUGCACCGAGACGGACCACCGCUGCUGGAGAACGCCCACUCCUCCUGAACUGUCCCUUGCACUAGGAGUCGCGUUUUCCUGGUGCUACGUCUGUUGCUGGCAAUGGAUGCACUGAACCUGGUGGUGCCAAGGACUUGGGAUGUGUAUGCCAAACACUAAAAACUCUUCAAUUGAUUGGAAAUGCAGUGUACAGAAAUGGAAUUGAAAAAAAAAAAAAAAAAAAAAAGUUCUAGUGGAAAAAUCAGUUAACUUGCUAUUCUUGUUUUAGUAUGGAGGACACUGUUCUAAAGUAAUUGGACAACUGAUUGUACCAGAAAACAGACUUGAGGGACUUCUUUGGCCAAUGAGCAGAGACUGUGUUUGUGUAAUGAUCAAUGAUGUCCAGUACAGGAAGGAAAACAGUCUUGUAUCCAUCAGUUCCAUACAGUAGCACAGUUUUUUGGAAUGAAAACAUUAUGCACUUUUUUUAAAUCUGAAACAGGGAACUUUAUAUCCUUCUUAAUUUUCUUUUGCUUUACUCCCUGCUUUAAAAUAACUUCCUAAAAUUAUGAGAAGGACUGCGAGGAAGAUCUGUGGUACCAAAACCAAGCUAGAAUUAAGGCAAAGCACUGUAUUGCGGUCCUGUUUACAAGUUGUUACAAUGAAUAGUAGGGGGUACCUAGGCUUCACCAAAGAGGUACUUUAUUAUUAUUUUCUGAAAUAUUAUGGUGCCAGUUCAAAAAUAAAUUUUUGCCAGGAAGCAUUAUGUCUAAUUAUUGCUUUCUUUAGAUAGAGCAGAUGAAAGUCUUAAUUAAGAUGACAGCGAUUUUUGUUUCGUUUCGUUUUGUUUUUUAAAGGCAGCACUAUCAUCCGAAGUAAAUAUAUUGCUACGUUUAGAAGACUGUUAAUCUCUGCUAGGUUAUGUCAUGUUCUUUUUAAGGUUUACUGAUAAUCCAUUUCAUGGCUAGUAGCUAUUCUUUUUCAGUCAUGACAUGAAAACAGUCACUUGUGAAAAGGAGCACUCACUGGUCAACUUCCAUAGCUAUUGUCAUGUUUUACUAACAACAGAUUAAUCAACAUACAUAGAAUUGCCUUGCAGUUGCGUAAAUCAUGUGUAUAUAGUGAACAUUGCAUAAAUAUACUUGCAGAUUGUUUUUAAUUUAAUUGAAAUAAAGAUACAGAUAUGUUUGGCUGACAUACGUUAAAUUAUUACACAGACAAAUGUGCAACUCAGUUUUUCAGUUAAGCACUGAAAGGGAUAAAAGUAUAUGUUUGUGGUAGGUAAUUUUCCUAGGUCACUGUAUCUAUUUUAGUAAUAAGAGUCUAAAGAAAAUUCUUUUUUUCAUUUAUGAGUUACAAAGUAAUAACUGAGAAGCUGGGUUAUUCCCAAAGUGAAUUAUUAUGUUAUAAGACUUCUCCUGUAUGACACCUGCUAGAAAAAGUCAAACUUAUACUCAUCUGUACAAUAGCUAUGUCCAUAAUACACCAUGGAACAUGUACUGGUAAAAGUAUCAUGACGUGGAUUGUCCAUAAACCUGUGUACUGUUCUUCAACUCUGGACAACACUGUGACAGUAAUGCAUGGCAGUUACUGGAGGAAAGAAGUUCCAUAAUCACCACUACAGUACGUAUGUGAAGCAGAAAGUACCACAUCUUCAGUUAAAAUGGCUUAUGGGUCAAAGUAAAAUUCUGUUCCAUUUCCUCUUUGGAAAUACACUUCAGCAUGUUGGAAAGCUGUGCCAUUAGAAAUGGUGUUAGUCAGAUGAUGAUGGAAAUCGCCUUUAUUUAAUGCUUUCCCUAAUGCUGUUGGUCAGUGCCCCUUGAUCCUUCAGUGUGGUCAUUGCAUUUCAGAAAGUGUUUUGAUUUCAUCAACAAGAAUGGCAGUUUUCAAUAUAGUCAAAUACUGAAAUUUGUCAGUGUUCCUUCUUUGAUGUCUUCAACAAUGUUAUUUAGAUACAAUUUCCUGGCAAAAGAAGAAAAGUGAAGAACCUUGGCUUCAGAGGAGAUCGUUGUACAGGAGCUUUGUAAACACACCUUCAAACUAUGGGAGGCUUAGUUUAGGUUAUUGGUUCUUUGGAUAUAAAUACCACAAUAGAUGUACUCUUGGUAAUGCCAUCUAAAUUUUUAGCUCAUCAGUACAUUAGCAGGGAAAACUCACUAAAUCUAGACUGUCUGAUCUUUUAUCUUCUUCUGCACACUCUGUGCUAUUUUGCAGCCAAGGCAGACCAGGCAGAAGGAAUGAUUCAGUGGUUAAGUUGCUCAACUAGGAGAAAACCUCACAUAAUCAUCAGUUUUCUUGAAUGUCAGUAGCUCUCUGUUUCCCUUUGUGAAAUUGGGAAUGCUGUUUUGCACCUUUGGUUGAGGAUAAAAUUCCUCUACUUUUUGGUGAGGUACUUGGAGAACAGGUGAUAAUUGUCACCAUGCAAGAACCUAACCAAAACAUGCCUUGGAGCCCAGAAGAAUUGAUCAGUCAUCCAGUGUACAAAUUGUAGUGUUGACUCAGCUGCACAAAGGAAAUACAGGGUGAAAAUCAAACCUGUUCCAUUUAAGAGUUUUGGGUACAACUGCCAAGUCAGUGGUUUGUUUAAUGACAGCUUUAUUUGUAUUAAUUAUUUAAUAUGGAAUGACUUUCUUUGGAGCGUGAUUGCAGUAAUGACAAUAAUUUUCACAUAGAAAACUGAAUAGUUUUAGUCAUUUUAUCUGUUCCCUUGGUAAAAUUACCCUGGAUGGCUCCCAUCUGGUGACUCUGGAAUGAUAAUAUGGCCUGGACAAUGAAGCGUGUUUGUAUGGAGGCUGAGCGAGUUGCUUUAUUAUUCUAGAGUGCUCAUGUAUGGCUAAAAAUCAGCCUAAACUGCAAACUAUGUAGAGGUCACCAGAACUUUAUGAUCAUGGAACUUAACAAUUUGUGCUGUGUUGCCUCAAGGUUUCUACUUUACAUGUAGUCUUUUGCAAGAGUGGAGCGAGUAUAACCUGGGUUUGUUUGUUAUCUUGCAGAUUGUCAUAGUUGUGUGUUAGCUCAAGAAAAGCCCUGUGGAAAUUUGGAAGUGCUGCGAGUCCCAAGUGCAAGAUCCUGCACCUGGGUCAAGGCAGCUGCCAGUAUCAAUACAGGCUGGAGGAUGAAGGGAUUGAGAGCAGCCCUGCAGGCUGGGGAUACUGGUGGAUGAGAAGCUCGACAUGGCCCAGCAAAUGUGCACUCACAGCCCAGAAAGCCAACUGUGUCCUGGGCUGCAUCAAAAGAAGUAGAUGUAGCUGGUAGGUCAAGUGAGGUGAUUCUACCCCUCUGCUCCACUCUGCUGAAGACCUCACUUGCAGUGCUGCCUCCAGCUCUCAAGUCCUCAGCACAGGAAAGACAUGGAGUGGGUCUGGAGGAAGGCCACAAAAAUGAUCAGAGGGAUGGAACACCUCUCCUGUGAAGAAAGGCUGAGAAAGUUGGGGCUGUUACCCUGGAGAAGAAGAGACUGUGGGGAGGCCUUAUUGCAACCUUUCAGUGCUUAAAGGGAGUUUAUAAGAAAUAAGGGGACAGACUUUUUAGUAGAGCCUGUAGCAAUAGGCUAGGGGGUGAUGGUUUUAAACUGGAAGAAGGUAGAUUUAGACUAAAUAUAAGGAAGAAAUUUCUUACAACAAGGCUGGCAAAACACUGGAACAGGUUGCUCAGAGAGGUGGUAGAUUUCUCACACCCAGAAACAUUAAAGAUGAGGCUGGACGGGGCUCUAAGCACCUAAUCUAGUUGAAGACACCCCUGCUCAUUGCAGAGGGGUUUGGACUAGGUGACCUUUAAAGGUGCCUUCCAAUGCUAGCCAUUCUAUGAUUUUGCAAGUGCCAUCUGUUUACUUCUGUUCAACAAGCUAUGUGGAAAGUCAGCAUCACACAUGCUUCAUGGUUACCCCAAGGUAUAUGCAGUUGCCAUGACACUGUGCAGUCCAGGCAAAAUUUUUCUAUUACUGUCGUCUAGUGGAGGACAUUAUCCUGCUUCAGGAUCAAUGCUGUGUGGAAGCAUUUGAGUGCUUCAUCCUGAAGAAGCCACCUCCAGUGUGGGCUAAAUUGUUUCUCUAGAUGUCCCUCAUAAAUCAGGGAGAGAGAAGUCUGUCUAAGCAAGAUAUGUACGUUCAUGCUAAUGCACUGGGUUUAGAUCUUUUGACAUUUAGAUCGUUGUCGUGAUGUUUAAUUAUUUUUCUUUUGCAUUGAUUUAAAAUUAGACUUUCUUUUGAAUUGGGUCUGAUUCAAGCUUGGUGAUGUCACUGGAGGUACUGCUCUUGAAGGUAGUAAAUUACUGUGGUUCAGGGAGGUUUUAUUUUGUUACAUACCAAGAAGUUUCCUUUCAGCCUGAGGAGGUGCUCCAACAAAUUUGCAUUGCAGCAGGCUGGGUGGCAACACUAAUGCAUUGUAGUGAGCAUCAUUUCCCUUGUGGCUGCUGUCUCAACCUAGUGUGGCAUUUUACAGAGGCAGCAUCUACUUAUUGAUGUUUCUAGCACUGCUGCAAUUAAAGUUCAAAUAGAUUACAAGUUACAUGCGGGUUAAAAUGUUUCAUGGUGAUUCGCUGCGGUGAGCAGUGCAAUUAGCUGCAGUAUGUAAAAUGCAGCUAAUUGCUGCCUUUUCCAGCUGGCAAGGAGGGACUUGUUCAAGCAGGCUAUUUGAAGAUGAUACUAAAAAGUUUGCAAAUUCUGAUGGUUUCCCUCCAUCCCCCAAUUUAGUUGUUGAAUUGUCAGUUCAAAAUCUGGAUGAUGUGUGGGCUGUUGUCUUUUGAGUUCUUACUCAUUAAAGAGAGAAACCUGUGGCUGAAUAUAGUUGUAAGAACAAAAGCACUUUUAAUCUAAUCUGUAAAUUCCAUGCCUUAUUUCCAUUAAAAACCCCCACUCUUAAGUGCAUUUUUCUGUUAACUGUGAGCAAAACUUUUUUUUUGCCUUCAGUGGAAAAUAGUGUGUAAAGUAGUCAGCUGCUGCAGCAAGGCAAACAAGUAAAGAAUAAGUUUUUUGUUCGAGUUUUUGUUUUGUUGUUUUUUUCUUUUUAGCCAACAAAUGUGAAACCCUAUACCAGGCGACUUCAAAAUUAAAGUGGGAAAACACAAGCCAGAUGCAUGAAAAUUUUAGUAGCUGCCAAAUGUGCCUUUUAUUAAAGAACAUCUGUAAUCCUUUUUAAAAGAAGGGUAGAUGGAGGUAAACGAUCAGGGGUGCCUGUUGUUGGAAUUGCUUUGGACAAAUUUGUUUGAAUCUACUUUGGAAUAAACCUUUGUGAAAAGAACAACUUUUAGGUACCAAUAAGUUUGUUCAGGUAUGUGUGUACAUUUGCCUUUGUUUGCUGGCAUGAUUACUUGCCAAAACAAGCGCUAAAAGCUAUGUCAGUCCAGUUGUAAAAAGGAGAGGAGAAAAAAAAAAAAAAAGCUGGCACAUUUGAUGACCUGUGUACGUAAGUGUCUGUAGGUGAUCUUUGUAUACUGUGUCUGCAGUGGUAUUCAGAUUGCAUUUAAGUGAAAAUUUAAUAGUGGCUGUUACCUUUUGGCAUUAAAAGAUGUGUCCUAAAAAUAAAAUAAUUUUUAAAAGCCUUA